AUGCUCGACUUUGAAGAUGACGCGUCUAAGCGCGAGAAAUGCUACACCACGAUAGCCCAACUGCCUGCUUUUAUCGAUCCCAAGCAGCCACCCACAAAGCGGUCACCGUUCACGGCUAUUCUAGGCCAUCCAUAUGUUCAUACGAGCAAACUUCAAAAAAUCCGCUAUGCUAGAGUGUUCAUGUCGCUCUCGUCUCUGCUUGAGGGUGACUUUUUCAAUACCUAUAUCAAAAUUGGAAAUAUCCUCAUGAUAUCAGAGGGUCGUUCAGGCUCAGACAGUGUCUUCACACUCAGAGAUGGUAUCUUGAAACUCGAACUCAGCAAAGAAAUCUUCGAAAGAACGGGACUCACAGGAAAGCCUAUCCGCAGUGGAGGAAGGAAACACGCUAAAGAGCGAUACAUCGUGGAAAUCAACCUUCGCCUCCCCUCCAUGGUUCACGGAAAGAAAGGCUUCGAGCGAAUCGUCUGGGCAUUCAAAAACGUCCUGACCCAAUCCGUAGCGUGGCUUUUCUUCGACCUGGCAUCAGGCUCGAACGGCAUUGCAGAAGACGAUAUCUCCCUAAAAGGCAACCACCCACAAAUCAUCAACUGCGAGCCCAACAUCACCGACCGCCUCAACACUCUCGUUCCACCCCUCCAAGGAAUUAACAUCACCAAAGAGUCCCACCCGGCCGAAUUAGAAGACCACUGCAACGAACUCUCCGAGUGGCUUGCCCUUGUAUCUCUCGAAUCACCCCGAGUAUCUGCCGAAGACGACGUGGAUCCCUACCUAUGCCGUUACAGUGUCCCCGACUCGGAUGACGCGACGUCUUCUGAUCUGAUCAGUGUCAAGUGGCGGGGCCUGAUACCCUCUCGGUGGAUCAUGCAGUUGUUUGUUGCAUUGAUACGGGAAACUGCUUCCAAGGAUAAUGCCGAGUCUGCCUGGUUUGCGCUUUCUUCUAGUGCGUUGGGAAGAGAGGCUGUGGAGGGUCAGGAUGGGUAUACGGUUAUGGUACUUCCGGCGUCGAAACUGGAGCAGGAGAAGGGGGGAGAAGAUGCGGAUAGUUCGAAGAGUGGUGGUGGUCGACACUGUAUCUGUUGGGAGUAUGUUGGUGCUUCGAUUUUAUAG